AUGACCACUGGUGGUGGCUUCUUAUUCAAUCUAGAAUUGGAAUUAUCAGAAGAAGACAGGGCGUGGUUGGCAGCACUACGGAAUAGAUCAAAGAUAAAAAUUGAGUCGACAAACGAAACAAUGUUUGGAAACUGGUUGGAUAAUCUAAACGGGGACCCAGUAGAUGAAGACUUGAAUUGGGAGCAUUUUAAGAAACCUCCCAUCAUCAUUGCAAUUAUUUUGAGUACGCUUGCGAUCGCGAUAAAUAUUCUAUCAAUAGUUGUGAUUUAUAAUGUGCGGGGUCAUUUAUCAGCAAUUCUACGCUUGACAGUAAGCUUGAUCAUGUCCGACAUGAUGGUAUGUAUUUGUAUCCUGACGAAACUUAUGACAGAGAAUUAUUACAGUGGCGACAACUCAAAGUGUGCGGAGCCGCUGAUACGAGCAUUCCGAAUGUCAUCACAUGUGAUUAGCCUUAUGAAUCUGUUAGGAAUGACAUCAGACCUUCAUCUUGCAAUACACCGGCCACUGCAAUAUCAUAGCUAUUUCAGCAAACGGAAAGUUAACAUUAUGAUUGUCCUCUUUUGGAUAUUUUCAUUCACGGUCGGUUUUUCUGAUUUCUAUAUCCCGAGUGAGAUGUGGAUUACGUGCCAGGGGUCUGAGUUGAAGACGUACUGCCAGCGUGUCACUUGCAGUAAAUAUGAUGCCGAGUAUGCACUCUUUGUCAUCAUCUUCAUCGUCGUGUUAAUACUAAGUGUUUUAUACGUCCGCAUCUAUAUUGUGAUACGAAAACAGCAAUAUGGGAACGAGGCUGGCCGCGCACCUCAAUACGUACGUCGAAAUCGCAAAGGCCUCAUAACGACUGUCCUCAUUUUAGCUACAACUUUGAUCUGUUUCCUUCCAUAUGUUUUACUAGAACUCAUCCUUACGAUACAAAUACGCAUUAAUCAUCUUGCUAUUUUCCGUCACAUCCCUAAUAUGUUGAAAGCCGAUUCAUAUCUAUUUGACCUAAUGCUGUUUAAUUCACUGCUGGAUCCAAUCAUCUAUGCCGCUAGGAUGCGCGACGUCCAAGAAGGAUAUCGGCGACUGUUCCGCAUCAACUCUGGGGAAAGGCGCCAACAGUAUAGUUUUAGUCGAUCAGGGACUGUGGUUGUUGAAAGAACAGUUGCAACCGCCUUACAGACGAUGUCCAUGCGUCGGGGGACGGAGGAGGAUGGGGACAAGGAAGUGUUAACUCCAAAUAAUUGCAAUCAUGGUGAUCACGUCGAUAUUCAAAUCAAUAAUCACAAUUCCUUAGUUGUGACUCGAACACCCCCAGGCUCCCCCCAUAGGACAUCAGAAGAGGAAAGCCCUGACUUUGAUGAUUAUCGAUUGGUUAGGGAAGACAAAGACAAACAUUUGUACAUGUAGAUUUCACCUAGAUUUUUUAUUUAUACCGUCACCUAUCAAGGACUGGGUCUUUUCAGAGAGAUAGCCAAGCUAUGACGAUAUGAUAUGAACCUUGUGUGAAAUAGAGCGACAUUUUUAUUUCACACAAGCUUCAGAUCACCAUGAUGUUGAAUUCUUUGAGAAUAUUUCACUUAUACGUAAGUAAUGAAACUUGUCUAAAAUGCCGAGUGCCAAUGAUAAAGAAUACUACACGGGUCAAGUGCAAUUUUGAAAAGUGUAAGUUGCUGACAAUAGCAGAUAGACAGUGUCACCAUCUAUAACAAGAACUGUACAUUGAUAGUGUAUUUGAAGGGCUCAGAGCACAAAGGACAUUUUGAGUGGAUUAUAUCUGUUGGUUUUUACGACAGAAGGUGACAUUUUCAUCCUUCAGAGUUGAAAUUUUUCAUAAGUUUAAAAUUCUGAAAAAUUUUCAAAGCCAAAAAUUUUUUGGGACCGAUCAUGUUUCUACAUUUUUUAGCAGAAAAAAACAAGUGAAAAAAAUAUUUGGACUUGAAAAAUGUUUUCAUCUGUUGCAUGACAAAUUUGCUGCAAUCAAUUUCUUAUGGCAGCAUUUGUCUUUUCACGGCAAUAAGGCCCUUUGGUCGGGUUAGAGGGAGGGGUGAAUCUGGUCACUGGGGCCACCAAAUCCAGUUGUCGUGGUCUGGGUACUGGGAUGGUCAUGUUACCAGGGGACUUGUAAUGGAAAUAAGAGAGGAAACCAUUCGGGACCCGCGAUUCUUGGUGAUUAUGGAUAGCUGACAUUCCAAUUACAACUUAGAUGUAAAAUAGAAUUUUUGAGUCCAAAUUCAGUGCAACCAAAACAGCUCAGAGAGAGUGAAAUCACUCCUGGAAGAUUUUUUAACUAUUGGGACAUACAUCUGACUUGAGCUUGGACAUAUUUCAUGGAAUUUAGAGAUAACUAGGUAAGUUUUGUACUUGAAAUGCCUGCAUUACUGCCAACAAUCAGAAGCCUGAUGGAUCAUAGCUGGGUCAUCUCCUGCCCAGUGGCAAAGCAAUCAAUAGCUGUCAAAUGCGACCACCGGCAGAGGGCAAUGAGGCGAAAAACGAUAGAAGGACUACAUAGCUCAUUGAGUGCCCGCCUGCAGGAGAGCAUCUUGGCAGGAAAAAAACCACUGAAAACCUACCACCAAAGGAAAGACUAUUACCAGUUUUUCUACAAGGAUAUUUACUUGAAGCAGUCAGGCAAGUGAUUGCCAUAGUAACAUAUGAGAAAGAGCGCCAGGAGCCAAACCAUGCGGGGAAUUGGUC